AAUUCUUGGCCCAGAAGCCCUUGUACUGCUUCAACCUGACAUCCAUGCAGGAUUCAGAGAUGAUCCUUGCUGCCACUUUUCACUUCUAUGCUGAUAAACGCUCUCGGCACCGGGAAGCGUUUUGUAAACGGUCCAAGAAUUCAUCCUGCCGCCUCCUUCACCUGCCUCCGGUCCUACGGCUCAACCUCAUUUUCCAAAGCAUUCACCAGAAUUCUGCCUAUGGACUAGUGAAAGGGAACAUCACUGUGCUUCUUCAAAGGCGAGGGGCUUGGCAUGCAAAGGACAUUUCCCACAUCAUAAAAGAAUCAAAACGGGCUGGAGAGCUCAUUCUCUGUGCUGAGCUUGAUUCUGGGGAGAAACAGCAGGGUUUCCCUGAACAAGUUGCCAGUCAUUUACCUUAUAUACUAGUUUAUGCCAAUGAUCUUGCAAUCUCUGAACCUAACAGCGUGGCAGGCACCCUACAGCGUUAUGAUCCAUUCCCUUCCAAUGAUGGGGACCCAAAUCUAUCCCCUAAUGCUUCUACUGAUACUCGAGUUAGGAGGGAUACAUACCUCGCUAGCUCUAUUCAGAACAAUGAGUUGCCAGAAGUAGAUUACAACAACAAUAAAUACAACAAACAUGACAUAUGGGAGAAUGCCUACAGAUCCUUGAAACCGAAAGCCUCACGCAAAGAUCGAAGGAGAAAAGGGCAAGAAAAUACAGAAACACUUAAAAAGUCUCAGGUGCUAAAUUUUGAUGAGAAAACAAUGAAGAAAGCAAGGCGAAAACAAUGGAAUGAGCCAAGGAUUUGUUCAAGAAGAUACAUGAAAGUUGACUUUGCUGAUAUUGGCUGGAAUGAAUGGAUCAUAUCUCCCAAAUCAUUUGAUGCCUACUACUGUGCAGGGGCAUGUGAAUUUCCAAUGCCCAAGAUUGUCCGGCCAUCAAAUCAUGCUACAAUUCAGAGCAUCGUAAAAGCAGUAGGAAUCAUUCCUGGCAUCCCAGAACCCUGCUGUGUUCCUGACAAAAUGAGUUCACUCAGUGUCCUGUUCUUAGAUGAGAACAAAAACGUUGUUUUAAAGGUAUAUCCCAACAUGUCAGUUGAAACUUGUGCCUGCCGAUAA